CAUCCUCCUCUCUCCCUCUCGUCUCUCGCAGGCUGCGGCAUUGCCAUGCUGAUCAUCUCCGUCCUGAUAGCCAUAUAUUACAAUAUUAUCCUCUGCUACACACUUUUCUACCUUUUUGCCUCCUUUGUACCUGUGCUACCUUGGGCUUCCUGUAACAACCCGUGGAACACGCCAGACUGUAAAGAUAAAAACAAACUUUUGUUAGAUUCCUGCAUUAUUGGUGACCACCCAAAAAUACAAAUCAAGAACUCUACUUUCUGUAUGAGUGCCUAUCCAAACUUGACUAUGGUUAACUUCACCAGUGAAGGAAACAAAACGUUUGUCAGUGGAAGUGAAGAAUACUUCAAGUACUUUGUAUUGAAGAUUUCAGCAGGGAUUGAAUAUCCUGGUGAGAUCAGAUGGCCCUUGGCACUCUCUCUUUUCCUAGCUUGGGUGAUUGUAUAUGCCUCCCUUGCUAAAGGAAUCAAGUCAUCAGGAAAAGUAGUGUACUUUACAGCUACAUUCCCCUAUGUAGUUCUCAUCAUCCUUCUUAUAAGAGGAGUAACUCUACCUGGAGCUGGAGCUGGAAUCUGGUACUUCAUCACACCCAAGUGGGAGAAGCUAAUUGAUGCUAUGGUUUGGAAGGAUGCUGCUACUCAGAUAUUCUUCUCCUUAUCUGCAGCAUGGGGAGGUCUAAUUACUCUCUCUUCUUACAACAAAUUCCAUAAUAAUUGCUACAGGGACACGUUGAUAGUGACAUGUACCAACAGUGCCACAAGUAUAUUUGCAGGCUUUGUCAUCUUCUCGGUUAUUGGCUUCAUGGCAAAUGAGCUCAAAGUGAACAUUGAAGCUGUGGCAGAUCAAGGUCCUGGAAUUGCUUUUGUGGUUUACCCAGAAGCCUUAACUAGGCUUCCCCUCUCUCCAUUCUGGGCUAUAAUAUUCUUUUUGAUGCUUCUGACACUUGGAUUGGACACUAUGUUUGCCACUAUUGAGACUAUUGUGACCUCCGUUUCGGAUGAGUUCCCCAAAUACUUACGGACGCACAAGGGACUGUUCACUCUUGGGUGCUGCAUCUCCUUUUUCAUCAUGGGAUUUCCUAUGAUCACUCAGGGUGGAAUGUAUAUGUUACAGCUUGUGGACACUUAUGCAGCUUCUUAUUCUCUUGUCAUCAUUGCCAUCUUUGAGCUUGUUGGAGUUUCCUAUAUAUAUGGCUUGCAGAGAUUUUGUGAAGAUAUAGAAAUGAUGAUUGGAUUCCAGCCAAGUAAAUUCUGGAGAGUCUGUUGGGCAUUUGUCACCCCAACUAUUUUAACA